AAAUCCGAAUAUUUCACUCUCCAAGCCUUACCCACCUUCGUCACCACCACCACCACCACAACAACCACCGUCAUCAACAGCUCCUCCGUUUCUACGGUUCCUUUUCCUAUUUUUCUUCCAUUUUCCGUAUUUCUUUGUUUCUUUUAUCUUUUCGCGAAACUUACCGAGGAAGGAAUCGAAGUCUCGGAUCUCCAUUGUUGAAUAUCGUACGGAGCUCGGUGGUCUUCGUCCUCGUCGCAAAGUUUCGCAAUCUGUAUUUCUCUUUGAGAGUUUUCUGUAGCUGCAUUUCUUCUGGCAUUACAGUCUAAAUGGAUCGACGAAGCUGGCCAUGGAAGAAAAAAUCAUCAGACAAGGCUGCAGCUGAGAGAGCAGCUGCGGCAGCAGAUGCGGCUGCUGCUGCUCUGGCUUCAGGAGGAUCCCAUGGAGAGGAUAGCUACAAAAAACCAAAUUAUGUGCAAAUUUCGGUGGAGCAAUAUGCCCAUCUGACUGGUUUGGAGGAUCAAGUGAAGGCAUAUGAGGACCAAGUAAAGACACUGGAUGAUGAAAUAAGUUAUUUGAAUGAAAAGCUCUCGGCAGCUCAGUCAGAGAUGACGAACAAGGAUAAUCUGGUGAAACAGCAUGCUAAAGUUGCUGAAGAAGCUGUCUCAGGGUGGGAAAAGGCUGAAGCAGAAGCUGUUGCGUUAAAAAAUCAUCUGGAAACUGUGACGCUCUCGAAGCUCACAGCUGAAGAUCGGGCAUCACAUUUAGAUGGUGCUUUGAAAGGGUGUAUGCGGCAGAUAAGAAAUCUCAAGGAAGAACAUGAGCAAAAAUUGCAAGAGCUCGCUCUUACGAAAAACAAACAGUGCGAGAAGAUCAAGCUUGACCUGGAAGGAAAGUUAGCAAAUCUAGAACAAGAUCUCCGAAGGUCUGCUGCUGAAAAUGCUGCUAUUUCUAGGUCUUUGCAAGAUCGUUCGAAUAUGCUGAUCAAGAUAAGUGAAGAGAAAGCACAAGCUGAGGCAGAAAUUGAGCUUCUGAAGGGCAACAUUGAAUCCUGUGAAAGGGAGAUAAAUUCAUUGAAGUAUGAACUCCAUGUUGCUUCCAAGGAGCUUGAAAUUCGUAAUGAAGAAAAGAACAUGAGUAUGAGGUCUGCAGAAGUAGCCAACAAGCAGCACACGGAGGGUGUCAAAAAAAUAGCUAAGCUUGAAGCCGAGUGCCAAAGAUUACGUGGUCUUGUGCGGAAGAAGCUGCCAGGUCCUGCUGCACUUGCCCAAAUGAAGCUAGAAGUUGAGAGUUUAGGACGAGAUUAUGGAGACACUAGAGUAAGGAGGUCUCCCGUUAAGCCCUCUAGUCCGCAUCUGUCCCCUGCAACUGAGUUUACUCCUGACAACGUACAGAAAUACCAGAAGGAGAAUGAAUUCCUUACAGAACGCUUGUUGGCAGUGGAAGAAGAAACAAAGAUGCUGAAGGAAGCUUUGGCCAAGCGUAACAGUGAAUUGCAGGUCUCUAGAAGCAUGUGUGCUAAAACAUCUAGUAAGCUUCAAAGUCUAGAAGCACAAAUUCAAAGCAACAAUCAACAUAAAACAACCCCCAAAUCUAUUGUUCAGAUAAGCGCUGAAGGUUCCUUCAGUCAGAACGCUAGCAAUCCACCCAGCUUGACCUCCAUGUCUGAAGAUGGAAAUGACGACGAUAGAAGCUGUGCCGAGUCUUGGACUACCACACUGAUCUCAGAGGUCUCUCAAGUCAAGAAGGAGAAGAGUAAUGAAAAAACAAACAGGGCUGAAAAACCAAAUCAUUUAAAUCUUAUGGAUGACUUUUUGGAGAUGGAGAAAUUGGCUUGUUUGUCAAAUGAAUCCAAUGGGGCCAUCUCCGUUUCAGAUUCAAUGAGCAGUAAGAUAUCUGAAACUGUCAACCAUGAUGCUUCAGAAGUUGUUAUGAGAAAAGAAGAGCAGUGUGAUUCAAAUUCUUUGGCAAACCAACAGCUAACCUCCAAUGGGAAAUCCCCUGAACUCAGACCUGGAUCCAAUUCUGAGCAGCUGCCAUUGAUGAAGCUCCAAUCAAGAAUCUCUGUGCUAUUGGAGUCGGUGUCCAAGGACUCUGAUGUAGGGACUAUUUUGGAGGAUAUCAAACACGCUAUCCAGGAAACACAUGAUACUCUGCACCAGCACACAGUAAGUUGUAUUUCUGAAGAUGUUCACUGUUCUGAUGCGGGAUGUGAUGAUCGGCAGGCAAACCCAGAAGAUGCUGGCUUAACUUCCGAGAAGGAAAUUGCUUUGUCCCAGCCAGCUAGAGAAGCUAGACAAAUUAUUCGUGACGAUUUAGCAGCGGCCAUUUCUCAGAUUCAUGAUUUUGUGUUGUUCUUGGGCAAAGAAGCAAUGGGAGUCCAUGACACAUCUACUGAAGGCAGUGAAUUCAGCCAAAGGAUUGAAGAAUUCUCUGUCACUCUUAAUAAAGUCAUACACAGCGACUUGAGUCUAAUUGAUUUUGUUCUUGACCUUUCUUCCGUCUUAGCAAAAGCUAGUGAACUCAGAUUUAGUGUUCUGGGCUUCAAAGGAAAUGAAGCAGAAACUAACAGUCCUGAUUGCAUCGACAAGGUUGUGUUGCCGGAGAAUAAGGCCAUUCAGAAGGAUUCAAGUGAAAUCUACCAAAAUGGAUGUGCCCACAUGCCCAAUUCCACUUCUAAUCCUGAAGUCCCUGAUGAUGGAAACAUUGUGUCAAGUUAUGAAUCAAAUGCCAAAUCAUGCAAAAUCUCGUUGGAGGAGUAUGAUCAAUUGAAAUCAGAGAAAGACAACCUUGCAUUGGAUUUUGCACGAUGCACUGAAAAUCUGGAGAUGACCAAGUCUCAGUUGCAGGAAACCGAGCAGCUUCUUGCAGAGGCUAAAUCACAAUUGUCUUCUGUACAGAAGUCGAAUAGCUUGUCUGAGACACAGUUGAAGUGUAUGGCAGAAUCGUACAGGUCACUUGAAACUAGGGCCCAGGACUUGGAAACCGAGCUGAACCUUCUUCGCACUAAGACAGAAAGUAUUGAAGCCGAGCUUCAAGAGGAAAAGAGGAAUCAUCAGGAUGCUUUGACAAGGUGUAAAGAGCUUCAAGAGCAAUUGCAAAGGAAUGAGAACAACUGUGAAAAUGAAAUUAAGCCAAACCAGGAAAAAGAGUUCGCAGCUGCAGCAGAGAAGCUAGCUGAGUGUCAAGAAACCAUAUUUCUUCUCGGCAAGAAAUUGAAGAACUUGCGUCCUCAAUCGGAGAUCAUGGGAUCUCCAUACAGUGAGAGAAGUCAAAAUGGUGAAGGCCUCAAUGAAGAUGAACCCACUACUAGUGGCAUGAACUUACCAGAGUCUGAUCAAGCUGAGUUAGAAAGUGUUACUUCUGCCAAUCUUAACAGAGUGGGAGCUGAAUCACCGAUCGAUGUGUACAGCGCACCAUUAAGCCCAUCUGAUGCAGAACCGAGCAUCCUGAAAUCACCAAUAAAUUCAAAGAAUCCAAGACACAAAUCACCCAAGUCAGGUUCCUUGUCUUCUUCCUCUGCUCCGACGCCAGAGAAGCAUUCACGUGGGUUUAGCAGAUUCUUUUCUUCCAAAGGAAAAAAUGGUCAUUAGGCUUUGUGGCUCCCCCACCACCAUAAAACGAUGUUUUGUGUUUGGAAUUCCAUUGAAGAAAUAAUUAGAAGCACCAGAAAAUGGAGAUACCCUUUUGUUUGUGUUGCCAGAGUCCUUGCUUUGGAAAGUCCUGGUUGUGAAAACUCAAUCUCCAUAAGAAAAAAAACAUGUGAAGCCGAGAUAAUUUUUGUAACUAAUGGCUGUAAAUGAUAUCCAAAUAUGUUAAUUUGUUCAUUCGCUCUGAUCGUCUUUUGUAAUUUGGUCAAAUUGGGACAUGGCAUAGUUCUGUGAAGUAUUUCAAAACGCUUUGAAUAUCUUGUAUGUGGUACUUAUUAUAUAAUUUGAUUCUUUGCAAUA